GAAAGAUUCCCUGAACUUUCAAAGUCAGCUAGAGUGGUACAACUGGACCAGCAAGUCCACGAUGUCACAAAUGUGAUGCGCAGCAACAUUAAGCAAAUUAUGGAUCGUGAGAACAAACUUGAGGAACUAGUUACCCAAACCAACGAUCUCCAGCAGAGUGUAAGUCUUCUUAAUGCAGUUUAUUCCAUUGCGUUUGCCGUUCUUUCGUGA